AUGAGAGUGAUAGAGAAAUUGAACGAGCUGUAUCAACUGCUGCCGACAUGUAUCAUUAAGGAGAUCAAGAUAAACUCCUACUAUCGCUACGUAAAGAGGAUUCCUUACUUUGCUGAGUGGCCCAGCGAGGUGGUCGAAGACUUAGUUAUAUUGUUGAGAGAAGAAGUAUACUUGGAGGAAGACAUAGUAGCUCCAAAGUGGUCGCAGGGCGAAGGGCUGAUGAUAUUGCACGUAGGGAUGCUAGCCGUGUACAAUGCGGAGCAGAAGGAAGUCGGCCACCUUAUUGAUGGCGAUUACUUCGGAGAGUUGUCUUUGGUCACGGACAGAGAAGUCCGCACCUCAGAAGUGGUUGCGAUAACUCCUUGCAAGACCAACCCGAAGAUUGUCAGAAUAUCGAGGAUCGACAGGUAUUCGUCGGCCUUCAACACAGAUGAACUGGAUCAAUGA